CUACUCAGAGCAGUGCACACUGCUCACAGUUACUUCCUCUUUCUGCUCUUUUGUAUAGAGUGCAGAGACACAAAUAAUUUGUGAUCUGAAGCACAUGUUUUACACAGAAAAAGGAGAGUGAUUUGAUCGGUCCUUUAGGAAUUAGAUACAAUAAAUCUUGGAAGAGAAAACACCUGGAAUCGUGAUGGAGAAGUUUGGCAUUGCAUGUUUGCUGGUAGUUUGCACAACAAUUCUGCCCGCUGUUGCAGCUUUAAACAUAGAAUGCGAUUUUGGUCUAAGUGGAGUGUCCUGCAGAGAGAACAACACCACUCAAAAGAUAUUAAUUGGAGUUGGAGUGGUCCUUUUAGCCAUUGCGGUUGUUGGGAUCCUGUCGUGCUGCUGCUGUGGUUGCGGCGCCUGUUGCAGAUCAGAACCACGUAAUCCAGCUGUUGUAACCGCGGUAACCUGUUCUCAACAAGUGCCAGCUUAUCUACCAGGCCAAGGGUACCAACCUGUGCCUCUUCAAUUAUCUCCUGCACAGCUAGUGAUGCCCACAGCUCCAUAUCCUAAACAGCAUCCAGUGGCAUACCCAAAUUAUUGCCCACCACCCACCUACCAAGAAGCUGCCUCCAUGGGACAACCUCAACGCUAUCCUGCAACACAGCCUUUUUGCACUCCUGUUGCCAACACUGGAGAUAAUCCAGCCUUUGUGGAUGCACAUAUUUGAACACAUGACCAGCUCUGUCCUCAAAUGCUUACACCUGCUUUCACCAUCCUCUCACCAUCCUUCAAUCCUUAACACAAAAUUGCUUCAGUAUUUAGAACAAGCAACUGCCCUUCUGAACCUUGGCCUUUAAAGCUACACAACAAGGAGAAAUCUACUCUGGAGCGCUUUUCAGAACAAAUUUUCAAUGUGGGCUUGUAUCUAUCUGGCAAUUGCAAAUGGAUGCUCGGUUAUUUGAGUGCCAGCACAGGCUUGAUGGGCCAAAUUAUCUCCUUCUGCACGGUAUCAUUGUGGGAUUCUAAUUCAGUCACAUGACAGGGAGACCUGCUAAUUUGCGUAGAGGUCAGGUCCGAACUGAAUCCCAUCCAGUUUGUGUUCAUUCACAAAUGAUCCAAGUUGAUCUCUUCCCACAACAAAUCAGAGACUCUACGUUGCCUCUUUGCUGAAGUGAGCUCUUCUAAUGCACAAUUCCUCAGAAAGGUCCUCAUAACAUCUAUGUUUCCUGAUGCACUUCCUUAGAGGGUACCUGAUACUACUUAGCUUCACUCUGUGCUGUUCCUCUUUCUCCUCCUCGAUGAAUUGGUAGGCCCACUGAGAAUGUCAUACCAGCUCCAGAAAAGCCUUUGGGUCUGGGGAGGGGUAAAAAUCCAAACAUAUGCCCGUAUGCUCAUCCUGCUAGAAAUUAGUCUAAGAAAAGUAAAACAUUUUGUAGUCAGAAAUAAAAAAACUUUAUAAAUAUAUUUCCCAGUUGUACAAACCAAUGGGUGGAAUUUUCCGGCCCUGUGGUGGCGGGGGUUGGGCUGUAAAAUGUGGCAAGCCGUUGAAAAUUCCAUUGACUUCGGCCAGGCCGUAAAAUCCCGCUGGCAUAAAAUUCCACCCCACGUGUUCCUGAUUUGUCACACUGCUUGUCCAGCAUCCAGUACUGGAUGAGUAGAAAUCUCCUCCAAUUAAAUAUUGGAAAGACCUUUCACUCCCUGCCACUAAUUCUGUUGCCUAACCACGGACACUAUCCCUCUCCCUGGCAGCUGCCUGAAGCUGAAUCAGACUGUUUUCAACCUUGGUUUUGACUUUGACCUUUCUGACCAUAUAACCAUUACAUCACUAAGGCCACCUAAUUCUACCUCUGUAAUGCUAUCCACCUUUGCCCCUGCCUCAACUCACCUUCUAUUGAAACCCUCAUCCAUGAUUUUGUUACUUCUAGACUUGACUAUCCCAAUGCAUACCUGGCUAGUGUCCAUCUUUCAUCCUUCAGAAACUUGAUCUCAUUCAAUACUCUGCGCCUCACAUGUCAACUCACACCAUGUCCCAUUCACACAUUACCCCUAUGCUUGCUGAUCUAUACUGGCCUUUAGUCCAGCAAUACCUGAAUAUUAACAUUCUCAUUCUUGUUUUCAACACUUAUCUCACCACAUCAUAUCUCUGUAGUGCUUCCUCCAGCACUACAAUCCUCUUGGAUCUCUGCACUCCUCCAAUUUUAGCUUCUUACAAUUCCCACAUUCUAAUCGCUUCACCAGCAGCAGACAUGUCUUCAGCUGCCUAGGCCCUAAAUUCUGCAAGCCCUUCCCUAAACCUUCUUUUUAAUUCAUUUUCAGGAAGUGAGUAUCACUGACUAGGCCAGCAAUAAUGGCCCAUCCCUAAUUGCCAUCUCCACCUUCCUUCCUCCUUUAAAUCUAUCUCAUUAACCAAUCUAUCCUAAUAUCUUCUUGUGUGGCUCAGUGUCAAGUUUUGUUUGCCAACACUUCUGUGAAGUGCAUUGGGGCAUUUUACUACAUAAAAGGUGUUAUGUAAACACAAGAUAUUAUUUUUGUCUAACUCUUCAAACACAUCAUGCUCAAAAUCAUGCCUUGAUCAGGUGAACUUGGUAGCUGCCAUGAUGCCAGUAUCUUGGUCUAAUGCAUCCAGACUGCAUUAGUAGGGCUAACCCAGGAAACUUGCUGAUGCAAGCCCAGGAAACUUGCAGUUAUUACAUCAUUAGCCCUUCCUCUGACAAGUACAAAUCUAGCCAAUAGGACUUGACAGCUAAUCAUGGGAAGACUUGAAAAGCACAAGGAAACUCGGGACAGAGGAGUGUUUUAAUGGUUCAAAAUUGAUGAAAAUAAUUUCCUGCUGAUAUUCCUACCAUCACUCUUAAAAAAAGUUAGGAAAUUUCCCCUCCCAAAAUAUCUAAUAUUGGGCAUUCAUUUCCUAUGAGCUUACUAUUUCUGAAGGUUUUCAUUUCAGUUUGAAUCUUAUUGUAAUAACUCCCUAGCUUGAUAACUUGAUAUCUAGAAAAAUGUAGGGAAUUCAGGUGUAUUAUGGCACAGCAGUUGUUAAAAGCUGAGUUAUUUAGAACUUUAAACAACUGCCAUAAUCUAUAUUUUCAAGUGGUAUGUUUUGAGUUGCCGCUCUAAAUUCAGAAAUAAGACCACUAGUUCUCGAGAGCUUUUAUAUCAAACUACAUGAGACAUUUAUUAAUUUACACAAGUUAAGCAUGUACACAUGGCUACAAAUUACUACUAUCAUAACUUUUAACAAAUUCCCAAACUAAUCUCCACCAGUGCAAAACAAUCCAGACUUUAAGCAGAAACCAGGCAAACCAUUUUCACCUUACAAAUUCAAAAUGAGGUUCCUUUCACUUUGGUUCCUUUGCAGACACAGUUAUAAGUUUACAAGCUUUGAUCUUACAUUAUCUCUGCUCUGCAUGCACAAAACUGCCCUGUUAUACCCAGCACUUCUCUUUGAAUGUAAAUUCUCAUUGUAUCACCAGCUCCUUUGAACUCCACCACUUCAAACAAUAACCCCUUUUCAUAGUACCAAUUUUAUUAGUAAUAUGAACAUUGCUUGGUCUCUGCUAGCUAGGUGCCAGAUUUCACCCCCUUCUUGAAUGCUCUAUUCAACAAAAUAAAAAUGUACUCUACCUCUCUUACAUCUCAAAACUAGUACACGUCAAAGCACCCAGACUAGCUGGCUUUAAUCUAAUUAAGACAUAUACACACAAUAAACCUCUAUUUAAAAAAAUAAUAAUUUCCAAUAACAUUGUAUGCAUUAAUAGCUUCAGGAUAAGGUGCAGCAAACAAAGUAUGCUGGAAUUAAUCAUGAUGCUGCAGUGAUUCCAUGUGCAUUUUGUUUUAGACUGUGUGAUUAUAAAAAUGUUCAGUAGUUAAAAUUUAAAGAGUGUUUUGGAAACAACGUGCAAAGUGCAUUUAAGAUCUUUUCUUUUAGCAAUUUGGUCAUGCUAUCUUUCUUUGGAUUUUACAUACUUCAGAUUUUAUGAUGUUUUAGGAGAUCCUUUGUUUGUGAAUGAAGAUAAAAUAAAUUACCAGUGCCUUUCGGAGUUCCAAUUCAUGAUCUUAAGAGCUGUUCAAAAUUUUGCAAACAUAAUAAACACAUUUUAUUUCUCAA